AGGAGGCCGAGCGAAUAAACACAAUCUCAGAGGAGAGCAGUUUCAAAUCAUAGCAUGUCCGCUUAUCUGUACGCUUCCGUGCUGUCAUAGCAUCUCCGGCUUCAGAUAUGAACUUCAUGAUGUUAAUAUAGUAGAUCGUUUAUAGUACAUCGUUUAACUGUGCUGACGAGCCUGUAGAUGCAGCGGUCUCCGCAGAGAAGCUUUUGAUCAGUGAAGCUAUCAGCGGCAAAUUACACCCCACCAAAGCAAGCAUGGCCUCUGAUAUCAACUAUCAGGAUGGCCCAGACCUUUCUAGGAGAGAUGAGAGCCCCGCUGAAGAUGAGCCCAUCCAUUCACCCGCUUCCCUACGACAGACAGAAUAUGAACGAAUCGGAGGAAGAACAGGAUCCUCGUUUUCUCAGACUAUAAUUCAUUUACUUAAAGGAAAUAUUGGUACGGGACUCCUCGGCUUGCCUCUGGCUGUCAAGAAUGCAGGACUCGUGGUGGGGCCUUUAAGUCUUCUGGCUUUGGGAAUCGUGGCUGUGCAUUGCAUGAACCUCCUUGUGAAAUGUGCACAUCAUCUAAGUGCAAAGAUGGGCAAGCCCUUUCUUUCCUACGGAGAUGCAGUGGAGUAUGGCAUGGAGAAUGUGUCGUGGCUGAGCAGACACUCUUUGUGGGGAAGGCGUGUGGUGAAUCUGUUCCUCAACAUAACCCAGCUGGGCUUCUGCUGCGUUUACUUUGUGUUCCUCAGCGACAAUGUCAAACAGGUGGUUGAGACUGCAAACGCGACGACCGUGAACUGUCACAACAAUGAAACCGCAGUGAUUGUCCCCAGCUACGACUCUCGCCUCUACAUGCUCUUCUUCCUGCCCUUUAUCAUUGUGUUGGUGUUUAUCCGCAACCUCAAGUACUUGGUCCCUCUGUCGUUUGUAGCAAACAUUUCCAUGUGUGUCAGCCUGGUCCUCAUAUACUACUACUGUCUGACGAAUAUCCCAUACCCUAUCAACCUCCCGCUGGCGGGAAGAGGAGUUGACUAUCCUCUCUUCUUUGGAACAGCAAUUUUUGCCUUUGAGGGAAUUGGAGUUGUGUUACCACUUGAGAAUAAGAUGCAGAAUCCCAGAAACUUCACCACGGUCCUGUAUCUCGGCAUGGGCAUCGUCACCACCCUCUAUAUCACCCUGGGCACCAUCGGCUACAUUGGCUUCGGAGAGCAUAUUCGGGGCAGCAUCACAUUGAACUUACCGUUGUGCUGGUUAUAUCAGACCGUGAAGCUGCUGUACUCUUUUGGGAUCUACAUCACUUAUGCGCUGCAGUUCUACGUGUCAGCAGAGAUCCUGAUCCCGCCGGCGGUGGUGCGCUGUGGUCCCAGAUGGGCGUUGAUGGUGGACCUCGGCAUCCGCGUGGCUCUUGUAGGCCUCACAUGUGCUCUGGCCAUAUUGAUCCCGGAGCUUGACCUGGUCAUCUCUCUGGUGGGCUCCGUGAGCAGCAGCGCUCUGGCCCUCAUCAUCCCUCCCCUGCUUCAGAUCAUCACCUUCCAUAAUGAAGACAUGAAGCUCUGGGUGAUGGUCAAGGACAUCGGCAUCAGUCUCAUUGGCUUUGUGGGCUUUGUGGCGGGGACGUACAUCUCCAUCCAGGAGAUUGUGGCACGGAACAGCAGCAGACACAACGGCACACACCUGCAGCUGCUGUGAACGCCGAGGGAGCGACAGAUUAAAUGUAGGCCGUGCAGACCCACUGAAUCAUUUACUCACUACAUGCUCCUUUGAUUUCUGCUCAAUUCCGCUUGGGAUUCUUCUUUCUGAACGUCCGUAGAUUCUUUGUGUUUUUGUCCUUCGGUUUUUGUAGCACUGAAGUCUCUUCAUAUCGAGUUCCCAAGUUACUUUGGCUUCAAGGAACUCAUUUUUACUAAAUCUUUUGGGUCAAACAGCCUUUUAUCCCAAUUUUAAGAUGAAUAUUAAUGGAAUAAUAUCUAUAUUGCUCAUUUUAAUGUCUUGUUUACAGUGUUUCAAUGCCACAAACAGAUUCCUUUCACAUUCAUUUAGAAUGAACAGGUUCACAUGUGUUGUUUACUCAUUCUGAGUGGUUGCAAUUGGAAAGAAGUGACAUGAACAGUAAUUUCUGUUUGUAACUGUGUUUUUGUAUUCUUAGAACUCUUGUUUGCAAGACAAAAGGCGAGUUAUUUGCUUCUGCAUAUUACACACAGACUCAACCUAGACUUGAUUGUAAAUAUGUGGAAAUCCAGUCAAAGUACACACGUUUGCACAAUUACACAAUACCCAGUACCUCUCAGUCUCAACCAAUCAAAAGAUUAGUCAGAUCAGUGGACU